UGCGAAGCGCUCAACAAGAACGAGUCGGUGCUGAGAGCCCGGGCCAUCGUGGCCUUCCACACGGGGAACUACAGAGAGCUCUACCAUAUCCUGGAGAACCACAAGUUCACCAAGGAGUCCCACGGCAAGCUGCAAGCCCUGUGGCUGGAAGCGCACUACCAGGAGGCGGAGAAGCUGCGGGGCCGACCCUUGGGGCCGGUGGACAAAUACCGGGUGAGGAAGAAGUUCCCUCUGCCGCGCACCAUCUGGGACGGCGAGCAGAAGACGCAUUGCUUCAAGGAGCGGACGAGGCAUUUGCUGAGGGAGUGGUACCUGCAGGACCCUUACCCCAACCCCAGCAAAAAGAGGGAACUGGCUCAGGCCACGGGACUUACCCCCACGCAGGUGGGCAACUGGUUCAAAAACCGCAGGCAAAGGGACAGGGCGGCGGCCGCCAAGAACAGGUAGGUGCUGCCCGACCCCGCGAGGCUGGUGGCCGCGGGGCCGGGGGGUUCGGCCCGACGAGCAGAGCCUCGGGGCGGUCCUGUAAGGGCAAAGCAGCGAGGGAAAGCGGGAGCAGAGGGAAAACCCGACAGCUUCGUUUCUUUUAUUA